CCCUUCUCAAUUUCCCACACGCGUCUGCUGUGGGAAAUAAGCUUCUCCUUCUUGGAAAACAACCGCGACAACUAACAGCUAUUAUGGCGAACAGCACCCACAAACCUUCGCACCCGGAACAACUCUAGCCAGAUACGUAUCACCGUCCAUCUCCUAUUUGGCGCCUAUUCUCGUGACCUGCUUAUCUGUCAUGUUCCCGGUGUUGAAUUAUUGGAAACAUCUUUGUGAUGGCACUCAGGCCAGGUGAUAUCCCAUAUUUUCCAUUGGAAACUGACUCAUGUGCUUGAGAGUAUUUAGAGCGAUGCGUUCGUAUCCCUCACCCCCACCGAUUUCUGUUUUGUCUACUGACUUUCCAUACUAUUCAUCUUGUCGACUUACCCUCUUGGACUAAUUAUAGAUAUUAUACACAUUAUACAACACGUAGCUUUAUUUUACCCAUCAUCCAACACUAUGACAAUCGCCACACCCGAAUUAUACAACCAUAAGGCUAUCCCUCAACCUUGGAGGGAAACACCACUUGUCCAGAGCGCCGCCCUCUCUAGGCUCGCUGGAUGCCGGAUCUUUCUCAAGCUUGAUAACCUCCAGCCAAGCGGCUCAUUCAAAUCUCGAGGUAUCGGCAACCUCGUCCGUCGAUCUAUCCAGCGUUCCCCCCCUAAUGCUCCUCUCCACUUUUACUCCUCCUCUGGCGGCAACGCCGGUCUCGCUUGCGUCACUGCCGCCUCCUCUCUGGGAUAUCCCUCCACCGUCGUCGUACCCAUGACCACCACCCCUAUGAUGAUCUCCAAGCUCUUCACUGCGGGCGCAUCCAAAGUCAUCCAAGAAGGGGCCUCCUUGUACCAAGCCGACGCGUAUCUGAAAGAACAUAUCCUUCCUCAAGAUCAGUGGGGGGUGUACAUCCCGCCCUUUGAUCAUGAAGAUAUCUGGCAAGGAGCGGAGAGUGUAGCGGAAGAGGUGGUUAGGCAAAUGGGAGGGGAGAGACCGGAUGGCAUUGUAUGUUCUGUUGGUGGAGGAGGGUUAAUGAUUGGGAUUUGCCAGGGGUUGGAGAAAGUGGGCGGCGCUAAACGAGAGGGGGCUGUGAACGGAAAAGGGGGUGAAGAAGUGUACCAGACAGAAGUGAUAGCAGUCGAGACACUAGGCGCAGACUCGCUCAACCAAGCAAUCAAAGCUCAACAGCUCAUCACCCUUCCUUCAAUCACUUCUAUAGCCACCUCUCUUGGAUGUGCUCGCGUAGCUUCGCGGGCUCUUGAUAUCGCUCUCGGUUUAUCCCCAUCCCUCCCUCCGCCAAUUUCUCUCCCGCCAUCUCCUCUGCCCUCUCCAUCCUCUUCCCCAGCCGAGACUUCCUCCUCCCUUCCAGACCCGACCAUAACCUCGGACAAGUCCAGGAUCCCGAUGAAGAACAGCAAAGUCGUUCCCACCCUUGUGACCGACAAAGAAGCCAUCCAAGCUUGCGUCCAAUUCCUAGACGACGAACGUAUCCUCGUCGAGCCCGCUUGUGGCGCUACUCUCGCCCUAGUCUACACUGGAAGACUACGAGAGGUGAUGAAGGGGCGACUCACAGAGGAUAGUAAGGUGGUCUUAGUUGUUUGUGGAGGGUCGAAUAUUAGUUUAGAGGUGCUGCAGAGGUACAAGAUGGAGUAUGGAUUAUAAGAGAAGGAGGGGUAUAGGUGUGUUUAAUAAUAUUUUCUAUAGUCGAUGUCGUUUUCGUGAUCACACGAAAUGUACUUGAAUGAAGUUUGUAUGUAUAUAC